GCGUACAAUAUAUCGAAUAGCAUCCUACUAAUCAUUCAUACUCGUCAAUGUCUCAAAUUCAAUUUGAUUGUAAAAUAAGUUUAAUCGAUAUAACCAACAAAAAAAAAUCAAUUGUAAUCUGAAUCACAAAAUGAAAUGGUUAUAAACGCAACAUUGUCUGUGACCGAAUAAAACCGCAUUUGGUUUCGGUUGAAUAUUAGUUCGUUUGAUUGAACUUACUUGUUUUCCUUCAGACAGCAUCUCUCUCAUUUGCAUGCAACGUUACCACUUACUAGUCAAAAGCCAUGUAAUUUUUUUUUCCUUCACAUUUAUAAAAUAUGGUUUAUGGAGUAUAUAAUCUAAUGGCCCAUAGUGAGUGAUGAUCUUUGUUUUGUAACCUCCUUAAAAUAGCCACGAUAAAAAAAAAAGAGACGAAAAAGUCUUGAUGUAGUGUAAGCCACAAACUACUACUUAACCAACAAAUAUGGAUUAGCAAGAGAAAAAAAAUAUAAGAGAGAUCUGAUCAUUUCAAAAUAACAAAUCGGAACAUCAAAAAACAGAAGAAGAGAGAAUGGCAUCAACGGAGCAAAAGGAGGUAGAAGAAAAUGGGUCGAUGAUUUCAGGUUUGUUGGACAAAGCCAAAGGUUUCUUUGCAGAGAAGCUAGCGAAUGUUCCGACGCCUGAAGCCGCCGUGGACAACGUCGAUUUCAAAGGCGUGACACGUCAAGGUGUAGACUAUCACGCCAAGGUCUCCGUCAAGAAUCCUUACUCUCAGACGAUCCCUAUUUGCCAGAUCUCUUACGUCCUCAAGAGCGCCACAAGGACGAUAGCGUCGGGUACAAUACCGGACCCGGGUUCGUUGGUUGGGAACAAGACAACGGUUUUGGACGUACCGGUUAAGGUGGCCUAUAGCAUAGCGGUUAGUCUGAUGAAGGACAUUGGCUCGGACUGGGACAUUGACUAUCAACUUGACAUUGGACUAACCUUCGAUAUUCCUGUUGUUGGUGACAUUACCAUUCCUGUCUCUACUCAGGGUGAGAUCAAGCUCCCUUCCCUUCGCGACUUCUUUUAAUUUAAACUAUGGUCAGUCGUGAUUAUAAUCUAAUUUUCAAUAAAAUACGAUCCACAACACAUAGGCGAUCAUAUCGGUGAUUAUCAGUUCUGCAUUUCUUUUUAAUUAUUUUUGUUGAUUUUGUUAUUGGAUUAUUAAGGAUAUUUGUUGACUAUGUAUGUUUGCAUGGUAAUUAGUCCCAUGCAUAGAAUAAAACUACAAAUGCAGUUAUACCUUAAUACCUGACUUUGAAGAUCGAGAUCAGUUCGAAUAUCGACAAUUGAAAAACAAAAUUACUAAGGAUUACUGUUAAAUGUAAACUUUGGUUGAUGGUCUAUGAUUAUAUUAAAGAAAAAGAUACUAAACGUAAUAAUUCUGGUUAUAGAGAAAAUAUACUGCUUGGGCAGAUAAAACUAAACCAUUUCUUGAGCUUCAUUUAAAAAAAUUCGAAGUUAGAUUAAUCGCUGAUACUAUUCCUUUUAGGAAUUAAUUGAGUUUGGACCUAUAUACCGUUUUUUUUUUGGGGUGCAAAUACUUUUUUCUUUAAAGAAAAGAAGAGCAAAUGACAAAGGAGAAACAGUGUAUGAACCAAGUGGUGAUAGCUUAAAGCAUGUUUAUUUAGCUUAAGUAGGUUGUUUAGGAUAUUUUGUAAUUAAAAGAAGGGAAAUUGCACCCUAUAUACAUGAAAAAAAAACAAAUACACUAACUAACCAAAAUCCCCUCCAAAAAAACAAAUACACUAACUAACCAAAAUCCCCCCCUCUCUCCUACUUUCUCUUCCUAUCUCUCUUUACUCUCUCUCCCAAAAUCUAAUUUUUCAUUUCUUUUUUGUUAUUUGGUAAAUAAGCCCUUAAAAGAAAAGAAAAAAAGAAAAAAAAAGAAGGGGUGUUGCUUAAUUAAGCAUUAGAAGGAUUGUUACUUCUUUUGCUUUUUUUUUUUUUUUUUUUUUCUAUCUCUCUCUCUCUUUCUCUUUUUGUUCUCUCUGGCUCACUUAAUUUUCUCUUCAUUAUGGUCUACUUGAGAGAUCCUUAAAAGGUUUUAGCAAUAAUCAUGUUUUUAAUGACAAUUUUUUGGGGUUUGGUUGUACCCACAUCAGUUUUGGUUUUGAUUUUCAUGAGAACUAAAUUAUCAUCACUUAAUCAGUCUAGACUUGGGUUUCGGUCUAAGUGAUUUACAUGGUGGAUCGUAACAGAUGAUCGAUUCACCCCUGACAUUAGUCGGAAUGUAUCGAAAUGCCGGCUUAUCAAACAUUUUGGUCAUUGGUAGUUAAGUUGAAGUGAGGGCUGAUCAUACCAAACCAUAUUAGUUAUUCAUUUGUAGGCCUGGGCAUUUUACCCGGAUCCUAAGACCUGACCUGAAACCGAUCCGAAAAAACCCGGUUCGGGUAGGAACCGACCCGAUCAAAUUACCCUAUCGGGUCUUGUUGCAGAGGACCCGCAUGACUUGGACCCGACCCGACCCGACCCAAAUCCGAAACCCGAUGGGUACCCGAAUUAAUAAUGUAAAUUAAAUAAAAUACAUCAAGGGAGAAUCGAAGACGGGUUAUUUGUCUAGAGAACAUGGGAGUCAACCACUAGGAGACAACAAAUUGUUGUUGUAUUUCACAUAGUUUAGUAUAUAUACACAUUUUAAUAUAAUAAAAACACACAUUUUGAAUAAAAUUAUGAAUAUUUUCGGAUAUAUAAAUAUUUUCAGAUAAUUUUUUUGUAUUUUUAGGUUUUUUUAGAUCGAACCCGACCCGAAACCGAACCGAAUCCGAACCGAUAAAUUCUAAUUACCCGAAUGGAUCUAACUAUCUAAGACCCGACCGACCUAGACCCGGCACGACCCGAACAGAUCCGGAACCGAAAAUUUGAAAUUACCCUAUCGGAUCCUAAACUCGUAGACCCGAAAGAUCCGGACCUGAAAGGAUCCGAUCCAAAUCCGAUCCGACGACCUGAAAUGCCCAUGCUUAUUCAUUUGUACAAAUACGGGCUUUAAAAAUAAAAGUCAAGACCAUAACUAUAAGCCCAAUCCAAGAUACGUAGCAUCAGCCCUAAUACACACACUCUAUAUAAACUCAUUUAAAGAUUCAUUAACUUCCACAGCUCUUAGGGUGGUUUAUCGCUCUUCUUCCCCGCCGUUUCUGUUUAGUUUUUGUUAAUUAUUUGAAUUAGAUCUCUUCUCUCUUUACUUUGGCUAUGGUAUGAAUUAUCUAUCUGUGUCUAGGGAUGCAAUGAAGAGUUAAUAUCGGAAAGGUUUAAAUAGAUCGUGUGGGGCGAGUCUCGUUCGCGCGAGAUGAAAUCCGAUUUAUAUUAUGGUUCGUAUUCGCUGAGCAUUUCGAAUUUUUAGUUAUUAUAACGAGGGACCUAUGGGUGAAACGCUUUAAAUCAAUGCGUAUUCAAGCCAAGUUUACCUUCGUAUAUUCAUUAUCGGAGAUUUGCCGGAAUCUGUGAUUUCAAUUCCUGAUUUUAAUUAUGUUUCCGAUUAAAUUUUUGGAUAAUGUUUUUCUACUGAUUGAGUGAAAAGCGAAGGACCCAGCAGGGAAGCGAGUAUACUCAUGAAAUGAGGCUUCUCUAACAAUUUUAUUUAACCUUCGUAUAUUUAGUCUCCAAGUGAUAAUUGAUGAUCUGUUAUCGGAUUGUCGCGAGUUCUUGGUGUAUAUAUGAAUUUUUGAGUUUUUUUGUUAAUUAGAGAAAAAGCAGGGAUUGUGUGUAUCGGCUUAGUGCUAACAAUGCGCUUUGUACGAAAGAUUUCCCAAUGCAAAAUCAAUUAGGGGCAGAUGGGCAGUUGUGAUUCAUUUUCUCCAUUGAAUAGCUCAACAAUCAUCUUCCCUACAUUUUGUUCU